AUGAAAAAAAAGAUCUUAUUAAAACUUGGAGAAAUUGAUAAUGAGAUUGGUGUAUUUAACGAAUUUGAUGAAUUUUUAUUGAAAAAAAGCACAAAAAGACUCCGUAUUUUUUCAAGAAUACUUGAUAUUUGUAAGGAGCUGAUAAUAUCAAACGUGGUGGCAACAAAACGAAGCGUUUAUUACCGUGAUGUAAACCUGUUUGGGAAUUCAGAACGUGUUGAUCGGGCUAUAGAUGAUUUAUGUUGUAUUUUUCGGGUUACGGGAAGAUCCCUAAAUUUGAUUGCUUCUGCAAAAGGGUUGAUUUCUGGAGAUUUUAAGCUAUUCAAAAACAAUCAAAUUAUUUUAGAAGAUUCUAUAAAUUCAACAAACCUUGAAAGUGAAGCAAAAAUUAUCAUUGUUGUAGAGAAAGAGGCAACUUUUCAGACAUUAUUAUCUAACAAAAUAUUUCAAAAGUUAGAUUCGUGCAUGUUAAUUACUGGAAAGGGCUAUCCUGAUGUUGCGACUAGGCAACUAAUUAAAUUAUUUUGUGAUUUACAACCUAAAAUCAAAAUUUUGGGCUUCUUUGAUAGUGAUCCUCACGGUAGACAUCAUGGAACUUUAAUUGAUUUUAUUAAUCAACUACACGAUUAUCCUGAAACUGCCGAUAAAGGAUUUUUUGUAUUACUUGAUGCGUUAAAUGAGUUUUGUGAUACAAUAGAAGGGAUUACCGAAGAUGAUGUUAGAGCAUCAAUUAUUGAAUGGUAUAGUAACACUACAGUAGCUAGUACAGAUAUUGUUCGAGUAAAA